GGGGCUGCGCGCGCCAUGGAGCCCGGGUGCCCGCCGCCCUGCGGCUGCUGCGAGCGGGUGGUGCUCAACGUGGCCGGGCUGCGGUUCGAGACCCGGGCCCGCACGCUGGGCCGCUUCCCGGACACGCUGCUCGGGGACCCGGUGCGCCGCAGCCGCUUCUACGACGGCGCGCGCCGCGAGUACUUCUUCGAUCGGCAUCGGCCCAGCUUCGACGCAGUCCUCUACUACUACCAGUCGGGCGGGCGGCUGCGGCGGCCGGCGCACGUGCCGCUCGACGUCUUCCUGGAGGAGGUGGCCUUCUACGGGCUGGGCGGCGCGGCACUAGCGCGCCUGCGCGAGGAUGAGGGCUGCCCCUUGCCUACCGAGCGCCCCCUGCCCCGCCACGCCUUCGCGCGCCAACUCUGGCUGCUCUUCGAGUUCCCCGAGAGCUCGCAGGCGGCGCGCGUGCUCGCCGUCGUCUCGGUGCUUGUCAUCCUCGUCUCCAUCGUCGUCUUCUGCCUCGAGACGCUACCCGACUUUCGCGACGACCGCGACAACCCGACGCUCGCGGCGGUGGCCGCCGCUGGCCCGUUCCCAGCUCGGCUGAACGGCUCCAGCCCAGUGCCUGGACCCCCGCCUCGCUUGCCCUUCGAUGACCCGUUCUUUGUGGUGGAGACUCUGUGCAUCUGUUGGUUCUCCUUCGAACUGCUGGUGCGCCUGGUGGCCUGCCCAAGCAAGACAGCCUUCUUCAAGAAUGUGAUGAACCUCAUCGAUUUCGUGGCCAUCCUACCCUACUUUGUGGCACUGGGUACUGAGCUGGCCCGGCAGCGGGGAGUGGGCCAGCCAGCCAUGUCGCUGGCCAUCCUGCGAGUCAUCCGACUGGUACGCGUCUUCCGCAUCUUCAAGCUCUCCAGGCACUCAAAGGGCCUGCAGAUCUUGGGCCAGACCUUAAGGGCCUCCAUGCGCGAGCUAGGCCUCCUCAUCUUCUUCCUCUUCAUUGGUGUGGUCCUCUUCUCCAGCGCAGUCUAUUUUGCCGAGGUGGAUCGGGCCGACUCCCAUUUCACCAGCAUCCCUGAAUCCUUCUGGUGGGCGGUGGUCACUAUGACCACAGUUGGCUAUGGAGACAUGGCACCCGUCACUGUGGGUGGCAAGAUAGUGGGCUCUCUGUGUGCCAUCGCCGGAGUGCUGACCAUUUCCCUACCUGUGCCAGUCAUUGUCUCCAACUUCAGCUACUUUUACCACCGGGAGACAGAUGACGAAGAGGCUGGGAUGUACAGCCACGUGGACACGCAGCCCUGUGGCCCCUUGGAGGGCAAGGUCAAUGGGGGGUUGGUGGAUCCAGAGGUGUCUGAGCUGCCACCUCCACUCUGGGCCCCCCCUGGGAAACAUAUGGUCACCGAAGUGUGAGGGACAGUUGAGGUCUGCAGGACCUCACAUUUCCUUGGAGGGAGGGCGGGAAGGGAGGAGGGAAAAGUUAGGGGGAGGGUAUUGUUUCUAGGAUGAACUAAGCUACGUGGUAAUGAACUGGGGAACACUAAGUCUUAUUGGGUCUUGAGUUGCGGAUUGGUAGCUCCUGUGGGUACCUCCUGCAGUGACAGUGAAUGGCAAUGGGUUAUACUGAGUUGAGAUGGAGGCUCCAUUGGUUUGUACUGCACUCGGUUGUACAAUGCUUGUGGAGCCUUUUGGGGUAGUAUUGAGAUAGGCUUGGUCACAUAGUUUUGUGAGUUUCUUGCUUCCAUGUUGGGUUGGGAGUCUUGUCCAACAGCAUUGUGCAGGGUUCUGUGGUUUUAUGAGACCCCUGGGGCCAUGUUGGAUCAAGUAAGGUGGUCACCCAUGGCAUUGUUGGAACUGAUUGUGUGUUCAUGCAUGGUGUUGUCGAGUUGAGUUGAGACAUUGGAAACUGAGUGGCUCUGUGAUUCUUCUAGGGCCAUGUUAUUUUAGGUUCUGUGAACUUGUGAGCCAUGUAGAAAUACGAAGAGUCAAGUGAUAGAAUGUGAGCUUUCUAGGUCAUAUGAGGUCAAGUUGGGUUGGAAUGUAAAUGCGUAGGAGUGUUUCAGGGUUCUGUCAUGUUGAAUUGCAUAGCUUUAUGUGGCUAGAAAUUUUCCAGGGCAACAUUAAGUUGGAUCAUAAUGAGUUGUAUAAUCAUGUGAGUCUCAUAGGGCUGGUUCACUUGGGACAUAAAACUGAGUUGAGUUACAUCAAGGUGUGUUCGCUGAGUCCUGUAGGAAUGUUGGGUUGAGUUGCAGUGUAUGUAUGAGGUCUAUAGGGCCAUGUUGGUUUGCUUGCAUUUAGUGGACCUAGGGAUAAUAGGACUAGGAAGUAAUCAUGUGUCAAGGAGCAAAUGUAGUGUGUGGACUCUAGGAGACCAACUGAACUGGUUUGCUCAGUGUCAUCACUAUAAGGAGGGGCAGGGCUGGUUUCUGUAUCUAGAUUCAGUUGGUCAUGCAGAGGGCUUCUGGGUGAACUAGCAAGAUGUAGAUACCCCUUCCGUUUACCACACACCUGCCUUGUUUUGCCAUUCAAACCAACCCCUUCUUUAUCUGUCUUCCCCUAGAGUUUUGCUUUCAGGCAUGGAGAUCAGAGCCACAAGGGAAGGCAAAAGGGGUAGAAACUGUACUCUGUUCAGACCUGAUUGGGGGAUAGAAACCCAGAGGAGGGGGAUAGAGAGCUGGGGAAGUAUAGAGACCUAGAGAGAGAAAGGGAAAUCCAAAGAGGGGAAAAAAGAUCCUGAGAGAGGGAAGACAGAGACCCAGAGGGGGCGGGUGUCAGGCAUCCAGAAUGAGAGGGACAGAAAUCUAGAAUUGGAAAAGAGGCCAGAGCACCCCAGAGAAAGAGAACCAAAAAGGAAAAAGGCAGAAAAAGUCAGUGCCCCUGAACCCAAGAGAUAUGCACCCAUGGAAUCUCACAAAGAUCCCCAAUUGGGUACGCCACCCCUCCCAUGGUUCAAGAAGUGUAUCAGACAAACUGCAGGGCCCACUUUAUUUCCCUGGGGAGAAACCAGCAUCUCAAAGCAUGGGAGGGGCUUCCCGAGGUCGUGUGGAAUGUUCCAGUUGGGGCAGGGGGCAGGACUUGUGGCCAGCUGCCUGAUCCCACGUGUGCCCAUCAGCCUGCUGAUCAGCACUGAACUUAACAGCUUCAUUUCUCACAAAUGAGGAAACUGAGGCUCAGAGGGGAGGGGGUUACCCAAGGUCAGAGAUCUUUCAGUACUAAAAGGGCAUUUGGAGGAGGAGGAGGACAGUGAAAUCACUAACACAUAUAGGGCUUCCUAUGUGCCAGGUACUUGUAUUAAUUCAAAGUACUUGUAUUAAUUUAUUAAAAUCCAUCCAGUGGUUUA